GUGUAGUGGCGGUGAGAUGAGAGCCGUCGUGCAGAGAGUUCUUGAAACUCAGAUCAGAGAUGGUAAUUUCAUCACCAGCACAGUGACGCUUGGACUGUGUAUCUCUGUCACAUUUCACAAGAAUGAUUCUAUAGAGGAUCUUAAUUAUAUGGCCAAAAAGGUACUGAACCUUAAACUUUUCAAUGACAACCUAUCAAACAAACCUUGGAAGAUGGACAUCAGGCAGAAAGGCUAUGGAAUAACGGUUCUAAAAGAGAAAAGGCUCAUAUCAGGGUUUAACGGAUCUCAACCUAUCUUUGAUGACGCAAUGGAAACUCGAUUUGCUUACAAGUUCUACAAAAUGUUCAUCAAGUUGCUGCGUCAACUUCACGACUCUAAACUCGUUAAAGGAACUUCAUUCCGAAAGCCAGUCAGAGUCAAUAUAAUUCACGACGGACCAGCUAUAUUCGUUCUUCACUCACCUAAAAAUAUGAAACGAUCGCCAAGAGAAAAGUUUAUAGCAGCGUACGGUAUGAAAUAUUUUGUUGAUUAAAAUUGAAUUUACUUUC